AUGGGCGAUGGGGAGAGAGUUAUCUUGAAUGUCCCCUCUAGAUCUCCUUAUCCCACUGCUACUAUAAAACUUCUGGCUGCGCUGCCAAAGCUAGAGGCGCUGGAAUUGCGCCUAUUACAGCCGAAGCCAAAGUUAAUAGAGAUAAAGCGGGAACAUCGUUAUAUAUUAGCUCGUGGACUGGAAGCAUUAAGCUUCUCCUCCCUCAAAAGCCUAUGCAUAUAUUAUGAAUACCCAGAACCUUACAAUCAUCAUUUUCUUCCUGGGAAUCUACAUGAACCGAGAACCUCACCAGUCGAUAGCCUAAAUAUUGCUCUACAUAAAUUAUCACAGAUUGCUCCACUUACUAUCCUUAAGCUUACUGGAGGUUGGGUGGUCUCACCAGAAUUAUUUUGGCCUAUAGAAAGCGAAUCUACUCCGUUUUGGCCUACCUUGGAAUACUUGGAGAUUGAGCCAAGUAUUGUAACUCCAGAUGGCAAAUACUACUAUACGGGCGACCCAGACUCUAUACCAAUUGACCCCCAAGACCUGAAUUAUGGCCUUACUGAUCCAUCAUCCGAUGAAGAAUUAUCAUCUAAUAAAGAAUAUAUAGGUGUUUCAAUUACUAGUUCUAAAAGACAAGAGCGUGAUAAGCGGCUUAAUGGCUUAGUGCCACAACAUAUAUAG